AUGUCACAGCAGCAGUUCCUGCCGCAGGCUUAUUUGACUAAUUUUCACAAUAGAAUACGUAACGAGGAUGUGCCCAUCUUCGUAACGGCUCAACCAUCGAGGGGUCACAAGAGGGCCAAAGUUGUCAACUAUGCAGAAUUUGAUACCGAUAUCUUUGAUGAGUUUGCUAACGUUGGCAUGGGUAUCGAGGGAGGUAAUGACAUGAGAAGUGGUGUAUCUCAAGUUGGCGAAAGUGCGGGUGUAGGCGCGGGGGAGGUUGAAGAAAGCAAGAUUGGCUCUGAUGGGAACGCAGCAGAGGGCGGUAGCAAUGGAAGUGCGAACCAACAUGCCAAGCCAGAAGAUGUGGCUUUACCGGAUAUUCAGGAUCAGGACGAUCAAUUGAGUAUUCUAAGGUACACUAAGAUAAGAGAGACCUUUCUGCAAAGCAAAGCGGCUACGCCAUACAGAUUAGACAUAGCAUCGCCAUUGUCUAAAGAUCAGCAGGAGCCUAUUAUGAUUCCGAUAAGUCUGAAUUUGGAACAUGGCGGUCACACCAUCACAGACUUUUUUACCUGGAACAUAAACGACCAUUCGGUGACUCCGGAGGAUUUCGCAACGAUAUAUUGUAGAGACUUGGAUUUCCCUAGCUCAUCAGCUUUGCACAGUCAGAUCGUUUCUACGAUAAAUGAUCAGCUGCAAGAGUACGAAACCGUGGCCGCCGUGGUUGUUCCGGAUCUGCAGGUCAUAGUGAAUCUGACUUGCAACUUGAAUAAUAGACUUUACGAGGACAAUUUUCAAUGGAAUCUUAACGACAAGAGUAUGUCGCCAGAGAUGUUCGCAGAGAUAAUAGUACAGGAUUUGGGCCUACCCCGGGAGUUCAUGCCAGCGAUAGCUCAUGCUCAUCACGAAUACCUUCUGAAAGUCAAGAAAGAGUGGUUGGAAGGUCAAUUGAACCAGGAACAUGUUCCCAACGGCGCUGCGUUUGGUUAUCUCUCGGGUAUAAGAUUGGAUGUUGAUGAGCUGGGAGCUCGCUGGUGUCCUAAGGUCGAAGUUCUGACGCAGGAAGAGAUACAGAAGCGUGAGAUCGAAAAGGAGAGAAAUUUGAGACGGUUGAAGAGAGAGUCGGAUAGAAUGGGCAGACGUGGACGGAGAAGAAUCGAUGAUUUGGAGACGACAAUGAGAAUUUAA